AGCGCCUCCAGGGUCACGGCCGCCGACCGAGCGACCAAGCGAGCGAGCAAGCGGGGAGCACGGCCAGCGCGGGGUGCAGAGUGCAGAGCCCCCCGGGCCGAUCGCACCGCACCGCACGCACGACCCGAGCGAGUGGCGCAGCAGCACCGGCCCCGCGUGGCGUGGCGCAGCUGGGCCCAUCGCCAGCAUCUCCAGCGCCUGCCCGAGUCGGGAGCGCCAUGGCCGGGCCCGGGUAGCCCCUGAGCCCCCCAAAAAGCUCAGCCCAGCCGGCCGGCAGAUGCAGUGAGCGAGGGGGGGGCCAUGGCGGAGGAGCGGCCCCCCCGGCUGGUGGAUUACUUUGUGAUCGCUGGGCUUGCAAGUGAUGGUGCACCUAUCCCCGAGGAGACCUGGCUGCCUGAGCCCGGGGGGCCGCUGCGCCCACCACGGCCUGCUGAGCCUAUUACGGAUGUGGCAGUCGUGGCCAGGGCAUUGGGCGAGGAGGUGCCCCAGGGCUACACAUGCAUCCAGACGUCGGCCGGGGGCCACCCCUUGGAGCUCAGUGCAGGGCUCCUGGGGGGGACUCAGCCUGUCAUCUGCUACCGCAGGGGCCGGGACAAGCCCCCCCUUGUGGAGCUGGGGGUGUUGUAUGAUGGAAAGGAGCGUCCCAAGCCUGGCUUCCAAGUGCUGGACACGACACCCUACAGUCACUCGGCCAACCUAGCCCCACCAGGGCCUGGGCAUCCCCGCACCUACCUCACCUACCGGCGGGCAGCAGAAGGGGCAGGUUUGCAUGCCCUGGGCAUCACUGACCUCUGCCUUGUGCUGCCCAGCAAGGGUGAGGGUACCCCUCACACCUACUGCCGCCUGCCUCGAAAUCUCAACCCUGGCAUGUGGGGCCCUGCCGUGUACCUGUGCUACAAGGUGGGCCUAGCCAAGGCCAACACUCUGGUGUACGAGGCAGAGCUACUGGGCCGCUACCCGGAAGAGGACAAUGAGACAUUCCCGCUGCCUGAGUCGGUGCCAGUCUUCUGCCUGCCCAUGGGUGCCACCAUUGAGUGCUGGCCUGCCCACACCAAGUACCCUGUUCCCGUCUUUUCCACCUUUGUGCUUACGGGUGCCGCUGGUGAUAAGGUAUAUGGAGCCGCCCUGCAGUUCUAUGAGGCUUUCUCCCGGUCCCGGCUGUCAGAGCGGCAGGCGCGGGCCCUGGGCCUGCUGAGCGCAGUAGAGCGGGCACGACCCCUGGAGGGUCGGGCGGUUCGCUGUCGCCGUGCCAUCGCGGUACUGUCCCGCUGGCCUGCCUUCCCUGCCUUCCGGGCCUUCCUCACCUUCCUCUACCGCUACUCGGUGUCGGGCCCCCACCGCCUGCCCUUGGAAGCGCACAUCUCCCAUUUCAUCCACAACGUGCCCUUCCCCUCCCCACAGAGACCUCGCAUCUUGGUGCAGAUGUCUCCCUACGACAACCUGCUCCUUUGCCAGCCCGUGUCCUCACCCUUGCCCCUCAGCGGCGCCAGCUUCUUGCAACUGCUGCAGAGCCUAGGCCCGGAGCUGGCCAUCACGCUGUUGCUGGCUGUGCUCACGGAGCACAAACUCCUGGUGCAUUCUCUGCGGCCUGAUCUUCUCACCAGCGUGUGCGAGGCUCUGGUGUCUAUGAUCUUCCCACUGCACUGGCAAUGCCCUUACAUCCCGCUGUGCCCACUGGUGCUGGCUGAUGUGCUGAACGCCCCAGUGCCCUUCAUUGUAGGCAUCCACUCCAGUUACUUCGAUCUACACGACCCGCCGGCUGACGUCAUCUGUGUCGACCUCGACACCAACACAAUCUUCCAGACUGAGGAGAAGAAGCUCCUCUCGCCGCGGACCCUGCCUCGCCGGCCCUAUAAGGUGCUGCUGGCCACGCUGAGCAACCUGUACCAGCAGCUGGAUCAGACCUACACCGGACCUGAGGAGGAAGCCUCCCUGGAGUUCUUGCUCACUGACUAUGAGGCUGUGUGCGGUCGUCGGGCCCGGCUGGAGCGUGAGGUUCAGGGAGCCUUCCUGCGCUUCAUGGCCUGUCUGCUCAAAGGCUACCGGGCCUUCCUGCGUCCGCUCACCCAGGCACCCUCCGAGGGGUCUCGUGACGUCGACAACCUCUUUAUCCUGCAGGACUUCCUCAAGUCCCGGGAGCGCUCCAGCCACAAGCUGUACUCGCAGCUGCUACGCACACAGAUGUUCUCACAGUUCAUUGAGGAGUGCUCCUUUGGCUCUACGCGCCAUGCUGCCCUUGAGUUCUUCGACUCCUGUGUGGACAAGGUGCACCCAGAGCAGGAGAAGCCGGAAGCUGCUCCUCUGGUGGAGUUGGAGGAACUGUCGGGAAAUGAACUAACCGUCUUUAUCACGCCCCCUGAGGAACCCACAGUGCCUGAGGGCAGCGAUGCUGCCCCCCAGUACUGCUAUGACGGCUUCCCUGAGCUGAAGGCUGAGCUGUUCGAGUCUCCCCAGGAGCAGACAGGGGCCCUGCCUGUGCCUGGCCCAUCCCGAAGUGCCCCCAGCAGCCCGGCCCCCCGCCGCACCAAGCAGGAGAUGAAGGUGGCACAGCGAAUGGCGCAGAAGUCGGCAGCGAAGCCAGAGAUGUGGGCCCACUGUCUGCUGGGCCACUGCUACGGUCUGUGGUUCCUGUGUCUGCCGGCCUUUGUGCGGGCGUCACCCUCCCGCGUGAGGGCCCUGCACACGGCCUACCAUGUGCUCCGCGCGGUGGAGAGCCGUAAGGUGGUGCUGCCGGAUGAGGUGUGUUACCGAGUGCUGAUGCAGCUGUGUUCACACUACGGGCAGCCGGUGCUGUCAGUGCGGGUCAUGCUAGAGAUGCGGCAGGCGGGCAUUGUGCCCAACACCAUCACCUAUGGCUACUACAACAAGGCUGUAUUGGAAAGUAAGUGGCCGUCCGGGACCCCAGGUAGCCGCCUACACUGGGCCAAGCUCCGGAACGUGGUCCUGGGGGCUGCCCAGUUCCGACAGCCCUUGAGGGAGAGGCGGCAGCGACAGCAGCAACAGGCAAAGGCAAAAGCAGCUGCAGGUUCCCAGAAAGGGCCCCGUCAGGAGCGUCCCUCCCCUUCCCGCCCCCUCCAGCGCCAGACCACAUGGGCCGGGCGAAGCUUCAAGGACCCAGCCUCACCCACUGGACGCCUGGUGAAGAGCGGCAGUCUGGGCAGUGCCCGGGGGGUGCAGCCCACUGUGGAGGCUGGCAUGGCCCAGAUGAUCGAGGCCUUAGGGGUCCUGGAACCCCGAGAGUCACCAGUACCCUGGCGUGACAGCAGUCUCUCGGACCUUAGCCUGGCGGGGGAAGAGCCCAUCCCCAGAGGCAGUCCUAGUGGUUCCGGCUCGGUCCUUAGUGCCCAGUCAACUGAGGCGCUAGAGGGGCCGAGUGGCCGAAUAUCCAAGGCUGCAGGGCGUCAGGAUGAAGCCAGCACCCCCAGAAGAAGCCUGGGGGCCCGCAUCCAGCAGCUGCUCACUCCAUCCCGCCGCUCCCCUGCCUCUCGGGUCACCCCUGUUGAGCUGACCCCUGACCUGCCACCCCCAACCUGGCGUAGUCCCAUGGACAGCCUCUUGCGGCCCCGGGAGCGCCCCGGUUCCACUGCGUCCGAGAGCUCUGCCUCUCUGGGCAGUGAGUGGGACCUCUCAGAGUCUUCCCUCAGCAGCCUAAGCCUCCGCCGUUCCUCAGAGCGCCUCAGCGACACCCCUGGGUCCUUGCAGCCCCCCUCCCUGGAAAUAUUGCUGUCCAGCUGCUCCCUGUGUUGUGCCUGCGACUCGCUGGUGUAUGACGAGGAGAUCAUGGCCGGCUGGGCACCCGAUGACUCCAACCUCAACACCACCUGCCCCUUCUGCUCCCGCCCUUUUGUGCCCCUACUCAGCGUGCAGACCCUCGACUCCCGACCCAGUGCCCCCCACCCCCAGCCCGCCUCCAUGGGUACCAGCAGCAGCAAAGAUGCGCCUGUUCCCGGUGGCCCAGGCCCUGUGCUCAGUGACCGGAGGCUUUGCCUCGCCCUGGACGAGCCCCAACUCUGUAAUGGGCAUAUGGGGGGGACCCCGCCCAGACGGGUCGAGGGUGGGUCCUGGGCAUACCUGAGCCCCCUGGUGCUGCGGAAGGAGCUGGAGUCCUUGGUGGAGAAUGAGGGCAGUGAGGUUCUGGCAAUGCCAGAACUGCCUAUUACCCACCCCAUCAUCUUCUGGAACCUUCUGUGGUACUUCCAGCGGCUGCGUCUGCCCAACAUCCUGCCCUGCCUUGUGCUGGCAUCCUGUGAUGGGUUCCCAGCCCCCCAGGCCUCAGUUCCCUGGUUGACCCCAGAUCCUGCCUCUGUGCGGGUACGGCUGCUGUGGGAUGUCCUGAGCCCAGAUCCCAAUAGCUGCCCGCCUCUCUACGUGCUCUGGAGGACACACAGUCAGAUCCCACAGCGGGUGGUGUGGCCGGGCCCCGUGCCUGAGUCUCUCAACCUGGCUCUGCUCGAGUCUGUGCUGCGCCACGUGGGGCUCAACGAGGUACACAAGGCAGUGGGGCUCCUACUGGAAACCCUGGGGACCCCACCCACUGGCCUACACCUACAGAGGGGCAUCUACCGUGAAAUUCUGUUCCUGACGAUGGCAGCUCUGGGCAAGGACCAUGUAGACAUAGGGGCCUUCGACAAGAAGUAUAAGUCCGCCUUCAACAAGCUGGCCAGCAGCAUGGGCAAAGAGGAGCUUCGGCAGCGCCGAGCACAGAUGCCCACUCCUAAGGCCAUCGAUUGCCGGAAAUGCUUUGGAGCCCUUCUAGAAUGCUAAGGACCCCUAGGCCACCUCCUCCUGCUUGGGGCAGGAAGAUGAUGAAGAGAGAAGGGGAUCAUGAGAACAAGCCUCCCAGUUCCUGUGGGGGCACAGGGACUUGCUGGGAAGCAUGCUCGGCCAGGAAGUAGGCGCUAAGGGGGACUCGGUCCUAAUGUCACCGCAAGUCACGUCAGGAUUCCUUGAGCCCCACCCUUCUCUGUUUGCUUGUGCUGAUGCUGGACCAGGGGGAGCUGGCAUAGCUUUGUGCCUCCCCCACCCAUUGCCGAGAUCCCCGCUCCAGGGUUCCUGCAGAUCUGCACUGCCCUGAUCAUUUUCUAAGUUUUUGUUUUAAAAAACAACUGGAAAGAUACAGAGCUACUGAGCCUUUGCCCUGAAUGGAGGGGGUGGAGGGAGGACAUUAUUUGCCACCAAAGACGAGCCCCUCUUCCCUGGCAGCGCUGAAGGAGCACCGGGCCCUCCAUGCCUUCCUUAGUGUAUGUAUUAUAUAUUUUAAGUUAUUUAUUCUGGAGCCACACCCUUUGCUUACAGAUGGUGAGAAAAGCAGGGAUUUGUGGGGCACCAGGUGGCUUUAUAGCACCUUGAAAGGCAGGAGGGGAAAUAGAGCCCUGAGCUCCCCUGAGGCUGAGUUGGUGCCCCAGAGUCCUGAACCAACGACCAGGUGCCACCAACCUGGGCUCUUACUUGUGCAAUAAGGGUUUGCAAAAUUUUGUUGUAUGUAAAUAGAGUAAAUGCUGCUUCUGUCUU